CGAUCUCACCAACUAUCGCACAGGGCAGCAAAAUUGCAUUGGGCAGCGAACGUAUACCCUGAAUGAUUGAAUUCAUUCUUUAUUGAUACCAAACAAAAGUGCAAAAAAGCCAUACAAUAAUCAACUAUACCCAAUACACAAGAAUACCCUUUUUUCUUCAUUAAAUUAAAAAAUCACAUGCACACAACAGCACUCAAGACAGGCAAACGUCAUGAAUUCUUCUAUUGGCGCCUCCCCUUCGGUGGCACAGCGUCAUGAAAAUCAGGCAAAUGGAUUCUUACAUCGAAUUCGAACUUCUUUCAGUAGUAAUCAAAGACCAAAUAUGAACAGUCCUUCUUUCGGUUCAAGUGCACAAUUUGAAUCGGGAAAAUCCCAUAACACUAAUGGCUUCCAUAGCAGUGAAGGUCACAGUAACGGAUUAAAUACGUCUUUCAUGAAUGGUAGUCAGAGGAGCAUGCAAGGUAUUGGAACGGAUGUCAGAAUGCGGAAAAGAAAAUCAAUCUUUCGUAGAAAUGGAAGGACAGCGAAUGUGUCAGCUAUUGAUGCAUUACCGCCUCAGCUCAAGAUACCAAUUGAAGAUGAUCUGAUCGAAAACAUUGAAGACGAUCAUCCGAUGAAUGGAGAAGAGGCAACAAAUGAAAAGAGCACGCAAAUAGUACCGGAAGAACAAAAGAGGUACGUCAUCUCCACAGCCGCUCCCCCGAAACAAAGACUGGAAUACCACCAAAAAGCUAGAUUGGACGUUCGAAGAGCUUGCAAUUUGCUAGAUCAAUGUGCAAAAGAGAUCAAGAUGAGAGGUUUGGCAAUGGUGGGCGUUUUUAGACCCUUUAGAACUUCAGAAAAUGCAGAAGAGGUGGAAAGAUUGAUUGAGCUAUAUCUGCUUUCUACGGAACCGCAUCUUUAUCAAGGCAUCUUUGCUUUGGAUAUCAAUAUGCAAUCUUCUCUAUUGCGUGAUGCAUUGGGAAAACCUGAUCCAGAAGCAGAAUUUCGCAAAAAACUAGCUUACGCCAAUAUACAUGAUGUGGUCGCCUUGUUCAAGUGGGGACUUCGUAGGUUGACAUUGCGAUUGUCUGACCUGCAUGCCACCGAACAAUACAGCUGGUACGACACCUUUGCAUUGAAGGAAAAGGAGCAAAAGUACCCGGUCAGAGCAUUCUCCCAGAUCUUGCUUCCGUUGUUGAGUAAAGAUGCUGCACGACUGUUACAAAUCGUUUUGGAUCUGAUGUCUACUAUUGCAGCACAUCACAUCAGCAAUGCAAUGCCAGCUUGGCGAAUUUGUCGUUCGCUGGGAUAUUGGUUGUUCGGACGGGUUGGUAUACAUCAUGAACCUUUGAAUUUCAAAGAAGCAUAUGCGGCCUGGGAUAAAGCAUCAAAAGUGACCGAACAUCUUUUCCUCGUCAUGAUACGUGAACAAUCUGCGCAAUUUCAUCUUAUGCCUUCUCGGUUGACGGAAUUGGUUGCCGAUUAUCCGUACUUUGCACCUGGCCAAACAAGACCUUCGCUUCCGCGUACCUUUUCCUCCGCUAACAAGAAGGCAUUGUUUGUUGAGGUUCGAACAGAAAAUGUCAUCAUGACCCCUAAACAAGCUCGUCGGUCGCCUCGAGAUAUCCUAAAUACUUCUUUCAAGGCUACUAAUAUCGAUCUGGCUGCAAGUGAAGAUGUGGACGAUUGGGUGGCGAUCAAAGCGAUUGCAACAUCAGCAGCAAAAGAGCCUUCAAGUGACGAUAUUGACAUCGAUGAUUCGUAUGAGAAGACGACAAGUUUUGCAUUUGCUGAAAAUGGUAAAAAGUCUGAUCGUGCAGAAGAAACACAUUUGUUCAAAAGAGAGGACGUACGUAUUCUUGAGGUAACGGCUGAAGAAUCGGAAAAGCGCAAGAAUAUACUGGAAGGUAAACCAAACACAGAUGAUACCCUGAACAAUUCGGAGAGUUUUACCUCGUACAAUAGUGUAAGCUCAUUGUUUUCGCGUGGUACUUCGAGUGAAAGCAUGAAUACCACACCAAAUGAUCAUGGAUCAGUUUCUCGUUCAAGUUCGUAUGCACGACCAGGAGGUUUGAGUUUAGCUCCUUUGACAGAGUCUAAAGACGAAAAUCUCGACUGGAAAGCUUUCACUACGAGCGGAUUUGCACCACCGGCAGAUAUGCAGAAAGAUGCCUUCCAGCUAGACAAGAAGUUCAAGCCAAAAUCCGAGCUUGAAAAGGUGUUUGAGGAACAAGACCGAAUCGAAGCUCUAGCGACAGAGAAGAAAGAUAGCGUUGCAUCACGUCGACGUACGAAUGGGAAGUCCCUGGGCGGAAAACGUGGAGAGCCUAAACACAUUUUGGCAAAUGUUUCUUCAGUUGAGUUUGACGAAUGCUUUGCAAGUGUUUGGCAAGAUCAACUGCUGGACGAUUGUCCGGCAGCUCGAUUGCCAUUGCUGGUUUGUGCACAAUUGAAUCAAAGGACAAGUAGUUCUUUAUUGGGCAAUGCGGCAACUUUCAGUUUUGACAAUAAAGAUCAUUGGUUGGUGAUCAAUGAAACAAUUGCACCGCCAAAAGCACCCGUCCCUGCAAGUCCUUCGUCAACUUUGCGUUCCAAACGAUCAUCUAUUUGGCGUCCUGGCUCUCAUAAAAAAGCAGGCUCAGGUGAAGAGGGUGAGGAGUCACUUGAUGCACACACCCUAGACACUUCCCUCGCAGAUGAUGAUGAUAGGCAAUCAUUAUUCUCGAUUCGAAGUGGAUUCUCUUCACACUUCAAAAAACCUGCCAGUGGAUUGAGAAGGAUGAAGAGCAUGUUAUCAACUCGCAAGGCCAACGGUGCAAACGGCUUAAACAGCCGAAGUGAAAUCUGGGCUCAUGGUGUGCAUAGUGAAGGAUCAGGCUUGACUGGAACAAAGGAGUCGGAUAUUGAUGCAGAAGUGCGUGAACUCAAAGCAGCAGUGUAUGCUGACCGCGAAAAGAAAAGGAUGCGAGAAGCACAAGAACGUAGAGAACAAGAAGGUGAAACGUCAGUUUCCAUCAUUUCUUCCUACGAUUCAACUUCUCGAACACCAACUCCAAUGAAAACGUUGCACUCCUUUGGCUCAGUGAAGCGUAAACCUGCACCACUUGAUUUCUCACAACCAACAGAUACAGAAAUGGCAAACGCAAGCCCGGCCAUAAUCUCAGUUUCAUCAGAUGGUGCAGGGCUAUUACCACCAACACCCAUCACACGGAAUAGCGUUCAAAACCCGGUAGACGGAUCAUACAAUUAUUCAACCCAGAGCAGUCCUACGAGUAAAUAUUUGGAUGCCCAAGAUUAAGUCGGGAUGGACUGCAAAUCACUUUCUUUUAUCUAUAGACCCUUUCAUUUUUGGAAACACAUUCUUUUUCUCCCAAGGGCGCACGCCUGCUGUCACCGAUCCCCCGUUCUUGUUCUGUCUGAGGUGUGGAAUCCAUUCAAUUCUACAUCUUACACAAUGCUGUGAUAUGAAUACAUGCGUGGGAAAAUUUACAGCACUGUUUAGAGAGGAAGAUGUGUCAGUAUUGCUUUCAUAAAUGCGAAUGUAUCCCUCGAG